AUGCCACAUCCUCGCUUCCCUAAGAUUGAGAUUCAGGAACUACGUGAUGAUUUUAUUCGUUUUGAAUUGUCCGAGACAGAUGCUAGUGUCGCAAAUGCUAUUCGUCGUGUGAUGAUUGCUGAAGUACCGACACUAGCAAUUGAUCUCGUAAGUAUUGAGAUCAAUACUUCGGUCAUGACGGAUGAAUUUCUAGCGCAUCGAUUGGGUAUGAUUCCUCUUAAUUUUGAUGGUGGAUUAGAGAAUUUUAGCCAGCGUUUUGUCUACUCUCAGGACUGUGAUUGUGAUGAGAAUUGUCCCAAUUGCAGUGUCGAGUUUUCACUUGACGUGACGGCAGAUAGUGGUGUCAUGUCGGUUACAAGCGAAGCACUGAAAUCUUCGGAUCCAUACAUUCGGCCAGUUAAUUUUUCGUCAGAGGAGGAACUUAACAAUACACAGGAUAGUGGUGUUAUUAUUGCGAAACUUGGACCCGGCCAGAGACUACGUCUCUCUGCUAUUGCCAAAUUAGGAAUUGGCAAGGAACAUGCCAAAUGGUCCCCCGUUGCUGUAGCAACGUACAUGUACGACCCAAUUAUUACAUUGAAUUCAACUGUACUUAGUACAUACACGCCUGAGCAAAAGGCAGAGAUGUAUAAAUGCUGCCCGACGGAAGUGUUUGAGACAGACGAAAACUACGAACAGGUGAAGAAGAGCAUGGACAGAAGAGUGUUUACAGUAGGAGAUGCCAUGCGAUGCAUGUACUGCGAAGAGUGCGUGAAGCUGGCGGACUCGUUCAAGGACAAUCCAGAAGACGAUUCUGCUGUGACGAUACGAAUGCGGGAAGACAAGUUUAUUUUUUCGGUUGAGACAACGGGACAGCUGAAGCCCGAAGAGGUAGUGAUUUGUGCGCUGGAUUUGAUUCGUGAGAAGCUAUCAUCGCUGAAGCAUCAGUGCUUGGAGCUUAGUCAGGACGACCAAGCCUCGUCCGCGCCCAUCACGCCUUUUGGGUAA